ACACAAAGGGUCUUGUUGUUUCUAUCCCCGCCCCUCUUGUGAAUACCAGCGAGGAAAAGGAAAACCUGGGUUCACUUGUGUCAAUCUCUGCACCUGCUACUCAGCAGAAAGCAGCCAGCAACGCCUCCACACAGGUCUCUCCUGUUCAGCAAACUGCGACCCCAAGACACAAUACCAUCAAAGACGUGUCUGGCAAAAUGUCGCCUCUUGCAGACGUUGACGAUACUGCCAGCUUUAUGGCGGCGGUUCGUGCUCUUAGACUAGCCCAGUCUAGUUUCACUUCCAAUGCUACUACUGUCGCUGUGGAAGUCUCUGGCGAGCAGGACGACACCUGGAAGAGCCAGAAUGGAUCCACCGGUGCUUUGACUAGCUCUUCUGUUGAUGCAGAUGGUGCCAAUUCGGCGUCUGUUGCUAACAAGACCGGCUCUCUUGCGGAGGCCGCCAAAAACGAGAUCUCAACUGUCUCACAGGAUGCCCUCUCCUUCGCCACUGAGGCUGGAGGUAUGAUGGGACCCCCCGAGCAGGAAGAUCGUGAGCAUCUCGCCACUUUCGAGACCUGGGGAACCCCGGCUCCGCGUAGCAAGCCUGCUGCUCGCGUGAGAACCAUUAUCCUCAAAGAAUUGCCGUCCACCUGGGCUACCCCCGCCAAGGUGCUGUCACUCAUCCAUGGAGGCCUUGUUGAAAGCAUCUUUGUUUCUCCCAUGGGCACCGCUCACGUUCGCUUCUGCGAUGCGGAUGCAUGUCAGGCGUUCUAUGACAAGUAUCCUAACGGUAUUGAUCUGGACAAGAGUCGCAAGGCCACCGCUUUUGUCGAAAUGGGCAAGGACGUAAACGUGGUUAGCUCCCAGCUGUCUUUCAACCUCUCUGUCGGCGCGACUCGCGUCGUCCGUGCCGUUGGUGUCGACUUGGAUGUGACCAUGACCAAGAUGAUUGAUCUGGCCACUGCGCACAACCGUAAGAUCGAGAAGAUAGUUGAUUCUUACGUCCCCGGUGAAGUGAGUGUCUCUAACAAGAGGAUGCCCACGAGGUCCGGUCAGUGAGUGCUAAUCUGCAGCAGGCGAGAUGUGCAUCCUUCCGCU